AUGGCUCGCGUAGCGCUCCCAGGCGACCCCCUCCCCUCCGCGCCCUCAUCCUCCUCGACUCUGCACCUGGGACCGGGCUUGUCCACUUCCACAGCACCAGCAUCGCGAGGCGGGAAGGGCAAGGAGCGGGCGGUCGAGCCGGCGGCUACGAGGGCGGGUUUGCUGGGACAUUUGAGCCAGGGCGACAAGGAGAGGUGGUGGAUCGAGGGGACGAUGAAGCGGUACACUCCCAACCCACCCGAGCCCGUACUCGGCAUCAUCGUCGCCCGCCAUGCGGAAGGCUACCGAGUCGACAUCGGUUCUUCGCAGGGCGCUUCGCUUGAUGCGCUAGCCUUCGAGGGCGCCACGAAGCGGAACAAGCCUAAUCUGAAGGUCGGCACCCUCGUCUACGCCCAUCUCCUCUCUACACCACCCUUCUCCGAACCCGAGAUUUCCUGCGUCGACCCUUCGACACAGAAGGCGUCCGGUUUUGGCGAGCUGCAAGGCGGGUUCUUGAUUCGCGGCGUCGAGCUGGGUCGGUGUCGAGCACUCCUCGCCCCGAAGAACCCGGUCCUCUCGAAACUCGGCGCGCGAUUCCCGUUCGAGGUCGCGGUAGGGAUGAACGGACGAGUGUGGGUCAAGGCUGCGCAGGAAGGCGACGAGGAGAAGCUGGUCGAGGUGAUCAGGGAGUUGAAGGGACGGUAG